ACCAUUGAUGGUUGGUAUCCACGUGAUCACAUGCCUGAUGAGUAUCCAAAAAACGAGGAAGAGCGACGGGCAGCAGCUAUCAAAUAUGGUAUGAGAUUGGAAGAUUACAGGCCGAUUGAUAAGGAUGAUCAUUUCAAGCAUGCCGGCAAUUACCCGGAUUAUGGUUGCGUUACGUACGAUCACAAGGAUCCGCAUGAAGAUUGGAGCGAUCCGUUCCAUCGAAGAAACUGGGGUGAAGGGGUAAGUUCUGCCAGCUUAGAUUGA